UUAGCCUUCAUGCUGGCUGAUCGUGAAUGGACUUACUCAGGAUGAAUUGUGAACUUCUCGCAACUUGCAGUGCUCUUGGCUAUCUGGAGGGAGACACCUAUCACAAGGAAAUAGAUUGUUUGGAGAGUGUGAAAGACUUGAUCAGGUAUUUACGCCAUGAAGAUGACACCCGCGAUGUCCGUCAGCAGCUGGGUGCAGGCCAGAUUGUACAGAAUGACCUUCUACCUAUUAUCAUUCAACAUGGAGAAGAUAAAGGCUUAUUUGAUGCCUGCAUCAGGCUCAUGGUCAAUCUCACCCAGCCUGCCAUGCUCUGCUUUGGUAAGGUCCCUGAUGACCCAGUGUUUAGACAUCACUUUUUGCAAGUGACAUCUCAUUUACAAGCCUAUAAAGAGGCAUUUGCCAGUGAAAAGGUGUUUGGCAUUUUAAGUGAGACAUUGUAUAACCUUCUGCAACUGGACUGGGAGCAGAGACAGGAGGAAGAUAACCUGCUAAUAGAGAGGAUCCUGCUGCUGGUCAGGAAUGUACUUCAUGUACCUGCAGACCCCUGUGAAGAGAAGAAAGUGGAUGAUGAUGCCAGCAUCCAUGACAGGCUGCUGUGGGCCAUUCACAUGAGCGGUUUUGAUGACCUGGUCAAGUUCCUGGCGUCGGCCCAGAGUGAGCAGCAGUGGAGUAUGCACGUGUUGGAAAUUAUCUCCCUCAUGUUCAGAGAUCAGACGCCAGAGGCUUUGGUGAGCGCUGGUCAGGCUCGUUCAGCAGAGGAGAAGCAAAGAGACUCUCAGGAGCUGGAGGCACUGAGGCAGAGGGAGCAGGCAGCGAAACGUUCUCGCACAUUACAAAGAGGAACCAGGCACUCUCGCUUCGGAGGGUCGUAUGUAGUUCAAGGUCUCAAGUCAAUCGGAGACAACGAUGUGAUCUAUCACAGAAAUCUUCAUAAUUUCAAAAAUUACACUCAUGACACAGGCAAAACAGUGAGACGUGUUCCCAAGAGGAACCGACAGGCCAAGGAAUGUAAGGACAAACGCCGUUCAGCCUUAAAUGUGCGACUCUUCCUGCGAGAGUUUUGUUUGGACUUCUUGGAGAACUGCUACAAUCAUCUCAUGUACCUGGUCAAGGAAAGUCUGAUUCGAGAGCAUACUCAGGAACAUGAUGAAAGCUAUUACCUCUGGGCGCUCAGCUUUUUCAUGGCCUUCAACCGUGGCAACGGUUUCCGUGCUGACUUAGUUUCUGAGACCAUGUCCAUCCGUGCUUUUCAUUUCAUUGAGCGCAACAUCACCAACUACUACGAGAUGAUGCUUACUGACCGCAAAGAGGCAACGUCCUGGUCCCGCAGGAUGCACUUGGCUCUAAAGGCAUAUCAAGAGCUUCUGCUCACUGUGAAUGAGAUGGACCGCUCACAGGACGAAAGCAUCCGACAGAGUUGUAACGUUAUUAAAAGCAACAUAUUCUACCUGAUGGAAUACAGGGAGAUUUUCCUGACGUUGCUGCGGAAGUUUGACGAAACCAGGCAGCCUCACUCUUACCUCAAAGACUUGGUGGAGUCAACUCAUCUCUUCUUGCGCAUGUUAGAACGCUUCUGCAAAGGUCGCAAAAACUUGAUGGUUCAGAGGAAGAAGGUGAGACGGAAGAAGUCUCGAGGUGAAAAAAAUCCACCAUCUGUAGAAACUAGUCCCGAAGCCCUGGCGGAGACCUGGAAGAUUGUGGAGGAAGAAAUGAAGACUUCAGGGUUUCAGUUGUCAGAGUCUUUAACUGAAAGUAUUGUGCCAUUCGAUGCCACAUCUGAAACUCCUCUUGAGGAGCAGCGGACUGAGGCUAUGGUGCGAGUGCAGGAUGCCCUGCUGGCUCGACUGGGACCAGAAGCACUGGGACUGCUGCGUGCUGCCAGGGAGGUGUGGCCAGAGGGAGAUGUGUUUGGUUCAGCUGAUGUGGAACCUGAAGAGGAACUGGAACUCCUCAAGCAGAUCCUGCACGCCAACCUGCCAAGGUCCUCUCCUCCUGAGCCUGUGGUUGAGGAGGAUGAUGAUGGAUUAGAGUUAGAAGAAGAAGAGUUGGAGUCUGUCCAGGUUUCUGAAACGGAGUUCAACUUCCUAGACUUUGUCAAGAGGUUUGCCAGCCCCAAUAUUGUGCAUCCCUACCUCCUCCUAUUAAAAACAUACUCAAAAAACACACCUCACACAAACCAUUGUAUCGCUCGAAUGCUGCACCGCCUGGCUGUCGACCUCAAAAUGGAUGCCUUGCUUUUCCAGCUGUCAGUCUUCAACCUUUUCAACAAAAUCCUGAGUGACCCCGCUGCAGCUGCUUACAGGGAACUAGUGACGUUUGCCAAGUAUGUGCUGAACCGUUUCUUUUCACUGGCAGCACAAAACAACAAGGCAUAUGUUGAACUGCUGUUCUGGAAAAAUGUGGGAGCUGUACGUGAGAUGACAGAGGGCUACAGCAAAGAAGGAGAGGGAAAGAAACCAGCAUGGACCGAAGAGGAGGAGGAGGAGUUGCGCAAGCUCUAUGAGGAGCACCGCAAUUCUGAAGUGCCAGAUAUAGUGGAGACUUUGCUGCCAUUACUAAGCAACAGCACCCGCACUCGGCGCCAUGUAGUUACACAGCUGGUGCAUAUGGGUCUGGUGGACAACGCUAAGGAACUGAAGAAACAGAAGAAAGGUACCGGGAUUGUACUUUGGAAGGAGGAGCAAGAGCAGGAGCUGCAGAUGCUGUUUGAGGAGUACAGAGAUUCUGACGAUGUGCUGGGUAAUAUCCUGAAGAAGCUCACAGCCAAGCGGUCCCGUGCACGUGUGGUGGACAAGUUGCUCAGCAUGGGCAUGGUGUCUGAGAGAAGAGAGCUUUAUAAGAAGAGAAGUCGUAAGGCUCAAGGGAAGAGCGCUGGAAAAGGAAUGACUGAAGAAGAGUUCCUAGCAGGACUAACACAAGGUUCCCCAGAUGAUUCCAUGGACAGAGAUGAUGAAGAGGAUGGAGAGGAUGAGUCCGAAGAGAGUGAUGAAGAGGAAGACGAAGAGCACGAGAGGGAAGAAUCGCAAAAAGGUGUAAGGAGGAGCCAAAGCAUGAACUCCACAGUGGAGAGGAGAGCUGAUGUUGGCACCAUGGUGAAUGCUCUGCAACAGGAAGGCAUGUCUGGACCCCUGUUGUGGCUGCAGAAUUGUCUCAACAGAACGGCAAAUGACCGUGAAGAAGAUGGUUUGUCCCAGCCUGUGCCACUGGUCCCCCUGACAGAGGCAAAUGAAGACGCCAUGGACAACAAGAGCUUCCAGAGGCUGUUACGCAAACUGGGGAUGCGAGCACCUGCAAAUGAACAGGAGUCUUUCUGGAGAAUCCCAGCAAAGAUCAGCGCAUCCCAACUCCGGAGUGCAGCUGCAGCUCUUAGUCCGAGAGAGGAUGAACCUAAAGGUGGCGAGGAGCAAGACGGGCCCAGGAGUCCAACUGGAGAACCACAGGAGGAGGCGGAGGAGGAGGAGGGGGAGGUCUCAGGUGAACAGAGGGCUCAGGCUCUUAGAGCUCUGCUGCUCUCACGCAAGAGGAAACACCACGCCUCCGAGCAUACAGCUCCUGUGUCAGAUUUCACCCCCGCUGAGGAUACAGAAGGUACAGCUGGGAGGUCCCAAGGUCCCAAGACUUCAGCUAAAAGAAGCAGAAGCAGAGUGUUGGACGAUGAUGAGGAGGAUGAAGAUGACUCCACCAUUGCGAUGGAUAUGGACGGUGAUGCAGAUUCAGACAGGGAGGAUCCCUCUGCUCCUGUGAAGCGUAGACGGAAGAUGGUCUUAAUUGAUGAAGAGGAAGAUGAGGAUUAGCGAUGGCCUUUAAUGGACUGUAAAAACUACGAUCAGGGGAGACAUAGAAGUCCCUCACUUAUCUCUGAGGUGGACGCAGCUCUCUGGAGGGUCUGCAGUCCAGACAAUGGAAAUGCUAUUAAUGGAAUACCAAACAGCCCAAAGGAAUAGGCCCUUAGACCUGCCCCAAUGUGUGCAUAGAUCCUAUUAAACAAUUUAAUUUUGUUAUCUCUUUGUAAGCAAUUGAUUGGUGCCUUUGUGAAGUUCUGGUAAAUGAGUUCUGAGUGGUCUUCUCUUUUGUAAGUUCUUUUUCUCUAUUGUCUGAGAAAGUUUUGUAACACAGGAUUUCAUUUAUAACUCAACAAUUUUAUCUUAGAUCUAAAAGUUGUUGAAUGUGUACAAAUACUUUUGUACUUGUUAGUCAUUUCCACUUUUGACUUUGGAUUUCACAGUAAAAUACAGACC